CGGCCCGACCCAGCGGGAGGAAGAUGGCGGCGCUCAUCCCCCUCAGCCAGCAGUUUUCUACUGGGAAUCCAAUAUAUGAAACAUAUUACAAACAGGUAGAUCCAGCAUACACAGGCAGAGUUGGGGCAAGUGAAGCUGCUCUGUUUCUUAAAAAAUCUGGUCUCUCUGAUAUCAUCCUUGGAAAAAUAUGGGAUUUAGCUGACCCAGAGGGUAAAGGGUACUUAGAUAAACAGGGUUUCUACCUUGCGUUGCGCCUUGUAGCAUGUGCACAGAACGGCCACGAUGUAAACCUGAGCAGUCUGAACUUGACUGUGCCACCUCCUAAAUUUCAUGACACUAGCAGUCCUUUGCUGAUCACACCACCCUCAUCAGAGACUCACUGGGCUGUUAGGGUGGAAGAAAAAGCAAAGUUUGAUGGUAUUUUUGAAAGCCUUUUGCCAGUAAAUGGUUUACUUUCAGGAGACAAAGUAAAACCAGUACUGAUGAAUUCAAAGCUACCUCUUGAUAUCCUCGGAAGGGUCUGGGAUCUCAGUGAUAUUGACAAAGAUGGUCACCUGGACAAGGAUGAAUUUGCUGUGGCAAUGCAUUUGGUUUACAGAGCUCUUGAGAAAGAGUCAGUUCCUUCACAAUUGCCUCCUUCUCUCAUACCACCUUCUAAAAGAAAGAAGACAUCAGUCUUUCCUGGUGCAGUUCCUGUUCUCCCUGCAAGUCCUCCCCCAAAAGACAGCCUCCGUUCCACCCCAUCCCAUGACAGUGGCAACAGUCUGAACAGCAUAGGGAGCUUAUCUCCCAAGCACAGCAUCAAACCAGCACAGCCAGCUGUGAAUUGGGUGGUACCAGUGUCUGAAAAAGUACGAUAUGAUGAAAUAUUCUUAAAAACAGACACAGACAUGGAUGGGUUUGUGAGUGGCCAAGAAGUAAAGGACAUUUUUAUGCAUUCAGGUCUAUCUCAGAAUCUCCUAGCACAUAUAUGGUCUUUGGCAGACACGAGACAGAUGGGAAAGCUCAGCAAAGACCAGUUUGCACUUGCCAUGUAUUUCAUUCAGCAGAAGGUCAGCAAAGGGAUUGAUCCUCCACAGGUGUUAACUCCAGAUAUGAUCCCUCCCUCAGACAGAAACACACCCAUCCAGACUCUAUCAGGUUACUUGACCCCUGUAGGAUCUGAGAUCUCAGCACUAACAGAAAUGCGGCGUGACAGUGCAAGUUCUGUUGGAUCAGGAGAAUUUACAGGGGUGAAGGAGCUGGAUGAUAUUAGUCAGGAAAUUGCACAGCUGCAGAGAGAAAAAUAUUCUCUGGAGCAGGACAUUAGGGAAAAGGAAGAAUCAAUCAGACAGAAAACCAAUGAAGUUCAGGAGCUGCAAAAUGAUUUAGAUAGGGAAACAAGUAACUUGCAAGAGCUGGAGGCUCAAAAACAAGAUGCCCAAGACCGCCUGGAUGAGAUGGACCAGCAGAAAGCCAAACUGAAAGAUAUGCUGAAUGAUGUAAGGCAGAAAUGCCAGGAAGAAACACAGGUGAUUUCAUCACUAAAAAUGCAGAUUCAGUCUCAGGAAUCAGAUUUAAAAUUACAGGAAGAUGACCUUAAUAGAGCAAAAGCAGAGCUGAAUCGCCUCCAGCAAGAAGAGACUCAGCUGGAGCAGAGUAUCCAGGCUGGAAAAGUGCAGCUUGAAACAAUAAUCAAAUCUUUAAAAUCAACCCAGGAAGAAAUAAACCAGGCAAGAAGUAAACUCUCUCAGCUGCAAGAGAGCCACCAGGAAAUGAAUAAGAGCAUUGAAGAAUACAAUGAAGCUCUCAAUGGGAUUAAUGGUGGGAGUCUGACAAAUUUAGCAGACAUGAGUGAAGGCCUUGGGCAGACAGAAAGAAGCAAUUAUGGAGCUAUGGAUGAUCCAUUUAAGAAUAAAGCCUUGAUGUUUACCAAUAAUACACAAGAAUUGCAUACAGACCCAUUCCAGUCAGAAGAUCCUUUCAAAUCUGAUCCAUUUAAGGGAGCAGACCCCUUCAAAGGCAGUGACCCAUUCCAGCAUGAUCCUUUUGCAGAACAACCACCUGCUCCAGCAGAUCCUUUUGGAGGAGAUCCAUUUAAGGAAAGUGACCCAUUUCGUAGUUCUGCCCCUGAGGAUUUCUUCAAGAAACAGGUGAAGAGUGACCCAUUUACCUCAGAUCCAUUCACAAAAACCCCCACUUUACCCUCAAAGCCUGACCCUUUUGAAAGCACUGAUCCUUUUACGUCUUCCAGUAUCUCUUCAAAAGGUCCAGAUCCAUUUGGAACACUGGAUCCAUUUGGAAGUGGUGCUUUCAGUGGUGGUGAGGGGUUUGCAGACUUCAGUCAGAUGUCAAAGUCAGUAGCUUCAGACCCCUUUGCCUCCUCUUUUGGAGGGGCAGGAUUCACAGAUGACCCUUUCAAAAGCAAAUCAGACACACCAGCAUUACCACCCAAGAAAAAUGUCCCUCCACGACCCAAGCCACCCAGUGGUAAAAGUACUCCUGUAAGCCACCUUGGGUCUGCAGAUUUUCCCAAGCCCCAUGAUCCAUUCCAGCCAUUUGGGGCUGACAGCAGUGACCUGUUUCAAAGUAAAAAGGGGUUUGGGGACCCAUUUAGUGGAAAAGAUCCAUUUGCUCCCUCCUCUUCAAGUAAAACUUCUAAAGACUCUUCCUUGGGGUUUGCAGACUUCAGCUCUUUUGGAAAUGAGGAACAGCAGCUGGCCUGGGCGAAGAGAGAGAGUGAAAAAGCAGAGCAGGAAAGACUGGCUCGGUUGAGGAGACAAGAACAAGAAGACCUUGAGUUGGCCAUUGCUCUCAGUAAGGCUGACAUGCCAAACUCUUAAAGAGGGUCUUGGCCUUUACCCUGUUCAAGAGAAACCUUGGAGCAAAGCUUUUAUAAAAAUACAAAAUCCUUGGUUUAUAUUUGUGAGAAUAAUUUUAGUCACCUUCAGACCUAAACAAGACUGGCUGGUUGUGUCUGACCAGGCUCUGUGUGGAUUCUCGAGUGCAUCAUCUGCAGGGAAACACUGUAUAAGCUGUAUGAUAUGUUCUAGAUCAAAUUUAUUGCUUGUAAGAAAUCUAAUGUGUAAUCCUGAGGUACUGAAAGUUUAUCUGAAACACAAAUGUUGCAUAGAGCAAACUGCAGCUUGUGAAUUUGGUUUUUUGUUUUUUAAUAACCUGAAUUCCGCUGGGUUUUUGAGGCUGCAGGAAGGAUUUCAAAGAAAAUGUCAUAAAAAGAGAAUAUUUAUAGAAUUAGCUUUCACUUGUUGCAUUUAUUUAAUAAUUCAUGGUAGGCUAAUUAGUACUUCUUCUGCAUCAUCUGUGUCAAAGCCUAAAUUCAUUAGUAGAUGAUCCCUUUUUAUCCAGAAGUUGUGGCUUUUACAAAAGAAUCUGACAAUUUAUAUAUGAUGGAUACAGUGAACUCUAUAAAACAAUAUAAAUUUGAAGACUCUAAAAAUUAGUAGCCCUUCUAAUUUCAACAUUUGUUUGCAUUGAUUUUUAAUAAUUAUAUAAGACUAAAAGUGGGAAUUAAUUCAGUUACAGUAAAUGGGAUAAAUAAUUUAGCAGUUAAAUCAUGAAAGUAAGAAUUUCCUUUAUUGUAAGCAAAUGAGUUUUCAGGGUGGUGAUACACAUUUGGGUGCUGCUUUAAUGUGACAUCAAGAAAUGAAGUGGUGGAAAAAUUGCCAAUGUUUGAGGAGUGCUCACCCCUACCACUCACUGUACCCUCAUUUUCUCCAGCUGCCAGCACAGACUGGGUCAUGUUAGCCAAGUGACUCUGGGACAGUCUCUACCUCUGCUUCUUCAAUUCCACCUCCUUGGGGUUACAGAUCAAGCAGCUGUAGCUGAAAUGAAGCCAAGUUGAAUCAGAUUUUAGUUGCCAAAUGCACAUUCACACAUCAGUUCUGGCAGAACUGUCUGGGUUGGCUCUAAAAUCCAGUUUGCAGGACUCAGACCAGGUAGGAACAGGUUUUAUAUGCACUGAGUGUUUCCACCUGGGAAAGACAACACAGAAUGUGUUUGACAUGUCAUAGAAAAAAUAAGUCUGUGAAUUUAAUUUGCUUACUAGAAAUGCCUUUUCUGAUUACAGGAAUUCUAAAACUUCAGUUGUGUUUGCCUUGGAGUUUUCUGUCUCGUGGAGUAGGGAUCUAGCACAGCAUUUUUAAAUGUCCUCAGUCUUCUUUCCUGCCCUUUGUUCUCUGGGAAUACAAAAGCUUUACAUUCUGUGUUCUUACUGAUGUGGCCCUUAUCUUACUUAAUUUUCUCUUUUUUUUUUUUUUUAAUGUGAUAUUCCUUCAUCAUCUAUAAUGCAUUUCUAUUUUUUAUGUCCUUGCUUCCUUACUUUUAUUUUCAUACUACAAUGACAGUGCCUGCUCAGUGACUGAAAGCAAUCUUUCCCUGUUCUGUUGGGAUUGCCUUAUCCUGGAUGCUUUCCUGACACAGAUUGGAUCAUUUUUAGCAUCUUGGUGGCUUUCAGCUCUGAAAUGCAGCCAGGACGUGGCAUUUGUAGUCUCAGGCUUUUGUAGGGAGGUAGGUGCAUGGGUGGGUGUGCAGACACACACAUCUAUUUGUGUUUAGGGUGUUAUUUUUAGGAGUCACAACUCCCCUUUACUGUGUGUCUCCUGUGUUAUGGUACUACAGAUAAUGUAAACCUUUUAUUCUCCUCAGAAGGAGAGAAGAUUUAUUUCUAAUUCCAAAACCAACCAUAUCAUGCUCUUUAAUACUGUCCUUUAAUGAGCCCUUUGGGAUGCAAUAGAAGCUCUUUCUAAUUUUGAAGAACCUGAUUUGAAGUCCCUUCCCAUUGCAAUAAUUUUUCUCUAAUAGAUGUUUGAUUACAUGAUCAAACAUACUAAAAGACAAAAAUUUCUCUCUUCUUUGGUGUACAGAACUUUAAAUCUCUGAGAGCUAACCUGUGUCUGUCUUUAAGGUAACAUGAUAAAACUUUUGCUGUGAAAGCAAUUUUCAAAAGCAAGUGGCUGCAGGAUUCUCAGUGCAGUUAUACAAACUGUAUAACUAUAUAACUGUACAGUUAUAUAAUCUGUAUCCAUGUGUGAAAUCCUCCUGUUCAGUUGGACCUGAGUCCUUCUGGUGUCUCUUCUGCUACAAUAAAAUCUCGAGAGUAAUAAAUACUAAUAACUUAGUAUUUAGGUGCAUGACUAAAUAGCUCGAUGCAUUUUUGAAGUUCUGUACCAUAACAAGACUUUCUGUUGCUUUGUCAGGGCCCAAAAACACUGAUUUUAUAAUGCUUCUAGGCCAAUGAGAUGAUGUUUUCAAGAUGUCCAGCAGAGAGGCAGAAAUGUGAAUUAAUCCAGCAUUCUGUAGAGUGUUAGGGCUUGUUUUUCUAUUUCCUUAUUGACUCUUCCUCAUAGUUGCUUGGACAGUAACUGCAGAUCAACAAAUGAACAGGGACAGAACACAACAUGUUGUCUAUGCACAGUGUUAGAUUUAGGAACCUUAAAUUUACUGAAACACUCUUGAUUCAAAAUGUUGUCACUGCAGUAGAAGAAAACCUAGCUGUGAUUUCUCACUUUGUAUUUAAUACAGUUUUCCAUAUAAAAAGGAAGAUUCCCCACAUUCUUUCCCCACACUGUAACUCAGUGUUUGUACAAUACCUGCACUUGCUCUUUGAGGCAAAACUUUGCAAGACAUUGCUCUUCUUCCUCCAGACAGUGAAAUUUAAAGCACAAACAGACCUGUUGCUAUUUGGGCAGAGCAAAUACAUACACUGUAAGAUAUGGAAAAUGUGAAUACCCCCAGUGCAUAUACAGUGUACAGUGAGAUCCAUAUUAUUUGUGUGUAUGUGUAUAUAUACAAAUAUAUAUAUAUAUAUAUAUAGAGUAUUGUAUAAUGUAAUCAUAGUGUGUGUAUAUACAUGUCCACAUGCUAUGUCCAGUAUAUAGUUCCUUGUGCUGUACAUAAAAUGUGUAUAUACAAUGAAUAUGUAGAAUAUGCAUAUAUAUUCUAUAUAUUAAAGCUUGUGUGUAUGUAUGAAUUCUGUAACCACAGAGGGAUACAGAAUUGGAGUCUUUACAGAAAUUCAGAUUAGCUCCUGGCUCUGAGAGUUUCAAAGUCCUGGUUAAAGAAAAGAGGAGAAAUUAUUUCUAAUCAAUUUGUAUCGAGAUUUCUUUCAUUGACAUGAAAAACUGUGUUCAUUAGCUGUUCCAGGUGUAAGAGAACCCUGGCAGAAGGAAGUAAUUAUCUGCACUGGAUGUCAUUUCACAUUCUUUGUAGCUUUCCAAGUAUCUGUUUGGAAUGUAGGCCCAACUGCUGAUCUUGCAUGUCAUCUUUCUUCUCUGGGCUGAGGCAGUGAAUUUUCUCCUAUGUUUGCUCAUAGUUUCCCUCUUCCCUCUUUCCUUUUUUUUAAUUUUCCUUUUUUAAAAAUUAUUUGUGGGGAGCUGUUCUCAUACACACACCCCAAACAGUCACAGGCAAAGGUGGAAAACAUGUUUUUCUUGCUUCAUUCCAGUUAGAUUAGUUGCACAUAAUUGUCAUCUGGAUUCCAGUUCUGGUCUUCCUCCAUUUCCACCUAAGCUUUUACUUCAGGAGGAACAAAUAUCCAUUGCAUAUUUGGCUUAGAGGAAAGAGUGGGGGUGAUUCUUCUUUCUGCUUAGAUAAAUGAUUAGACUCUGUGCUACCUUGAGCAAUCAGAGUUUGGCAGGGUUUUAUGGUGGCACACAUGUUUUAUAUGGAAUAUACAAUACUGGAAUGACUCAUGGAUUGCACAGGGCACUGAGGCACAGCAGUUAAACAGAACAGACAGACAAUUAUUCACAUCCAACCUGCAUGUGCAGACAGUGCACAGAGGGCACAGAUAUGGAAUUACCACAUUGCCCCUCACAGAACUGUGUGUUCCCAUUUUUAACUUUCCCUCAGUUACCUUCAAAUUGUCUCGCUGUAAAACCUCCCAGUCCCCCUGCAAUAAAACCAGAUGCUCAUAAAUUCAUACUCCCACAAUAAUGCUGUAGGAAAUAUUUCUAUAUAGGCAACUUUUUCUUCAUGGAACCUCUGCCCUGUGAGGGUCAUCACUCCUUCCUGUACCUUGUUCCAUGUACUGUGCUCUCAAAGUGUAAGAAAUUCCAAGCUGUGUCUAUGUAAGCCUUUUUAAUUUUAAUUCCCAUCUGUGAAAUCUGUUGGCACUCUUGUAGAAAUUAUUUUGUCAUCUUAUGCUCAAGGAUAACGCACUUUUCUUGAAUUCUUCUUAUAAUCCUUUUGGGGUUACUAUUUCUUCUUUAGUGUUUCUCCAUUGAGAAGAAUAUUUGUUCUGUAGAACCAUGGCCCAAGGAGUUUUGGUCCAAGUAGAAUUGUGGCUUUCCCUUGUGUAAGAGUUUGAUUUCUCCUUUCUUCUGCAUUUUAUUCCUCCUUCUCAGGAAUUUCAUUUCUGCUUAAUCCUCAUUUAGAGCUGGAACUCUGUUGAUGUGAAUUGAUCUCUGCUGUUAAUGAUCUAAUUCAAUUAUCUUCCUAUACUAGUGGAACAGCCAAGUUUUUGGUUAUAUAUUUGGUUAUACAUGUAGACUUCACAACAACCAUCUUUUCUUAGAAAGGAAUUUUGCUUGGAGUAUGAUGGAAUCAUAGAAGAUUUAUUUUUAGAGUAAAUAUGUUAACUAUAAUUCAUUGACACACCUGUUUGAUCAGUUGAUAUACUGCUCUUUUUACUUGAAAGUUUUAUAAAUAAAGGCUAAUUUGUUAUAAAAUGGAAUUUUCAUUUUUUCCAACUUCUGCCUCUCCCUUUAAGUUUCAAAGGAAAACUCCUAGUGACUGUGGUUCCUUCUGCUGUUGCAAGUACAGAGUGCUCUUCUGGUGUCCCUUUUAAUAUAUGAUUCUUCAGUCUGACCUGAAAAGGUGGAAACACAAAGUGGAAACUGCAAUGUUGACCUAAAUCUGACUAAUAUCUCCAAAUAUGUACAUUAUUGUGGUUAUAUUUAUCUUUCAAAUGUUAUAACAAAUUGUAAGGUAUUUUAAUUUUAACCCAUCUCAUGUGUUUAUUGUUUAAUAUAAUAAGAGAAAUGUUAUUGUUUAAUAUAAUAAAUGAAAGUUACUUUUUGGAGCUCUGA